AUGGCGGCCACUGAAAUUGCAGAAAAAAGGGAGGACGAGGGGGCCCCCCCUGCGCCCAGCGCUGCUCAGCCCGCAGAGCAACCGGCCGCCCAAGCAUUUGACUUCGGUGAAAGGAGAAAAAAGAAAAAGGAAAAGAAGCCAGAAGACCAGGCUGCUGAGGCUGCUUCUGAGGCCUUUGUGGACGGCUCCGGGCAGCUGUUCGUGCGGGGCCAUGUCUACAGUUACGAAGAGAUGCUUAAACGCAUUCAAGAACUCAUUGUUAGGAACAACCCUGACUUGGCGGGCUCAAAGCGCUACACCAUAAAGCCGCCUCAAGUUGUUCGCGUCGGAUCAAAGAAAGUGGCAUGGAUUAACUUCAAAGACAUCUGCGGAAUUAUGCACAGACCCAGCGAGCACGUCCUUCAGUUUGUGUUGGCGGAGUUGG